AUGUUCAAAGCUACCAAGUUGCAGUCAGCUACGUAUCUACUUGGCGUCUGCCCAUUCUCCAUCGCGUUCCUAGUCUUCCUCAAUUCCACGGUCUCAUUCGUCAUCACCGACCUCAUCGGCCGGCACCAUGGCGUCGGAGAUGCGGUUGGCAGUCUGGGGUUCGCCGACGAGCUGGUCGCCUUGAUCGCAUGUCCGGUGUGGGGCGUGCUAUCCGAUUACAUAGGUUUGCGUUUUGUCUGCGUUUCCGGCUAUCUGAUCAUAUGCGUGGCAUUGGUCCUAUCUGUCCAGGCACACAAUGUGUACCCCCAGCUUCUUUUGGCGAGACUACUUUUCAGCCUUGGUGGUGCCGCGGCCUCCACCAUGGUCACGGCUAUUCUUCCUGCUGUCGCUGGGACUCCUUCGGAAGCACUUACCGACACUAGACCAUCGAGGGCAGUUCAAGCCCAAGCCCAUGCCAGCCAUGGACAUGUUGCCAGCCCUUCAAUCGCCUCAGAGUCGACAAUUACUCCAGAAACAUUCAUGUCACGUUCAUCGCAGCGCCCAGCUCCUCCCCAGACCGUGUCAACCAAUGCAGAAGUGUCGCGCUCUACAAAUCAGAUUGCUGGCUUUGUCGGAAUGUUCACUGGCUGUGGAGCUUUAAUUGCCCUGAUGGUAUUCCUGCCCCUUCCAGCCAGGUUUCAAUAUGCCGGGGUCGAUGAGAAAGACGCUUUGAGAUACAGCUUCUACAUCGUGGCAGCUGUGGCGUUCAUUUUGGCGGUCUGGUGCGCCUUUGGGCUUCGACAUCUUCAGGAGCAACCCAAGGACCCCUUCCCCAAACCCUCAAACUUCGAGCAUGGUCGACGCGUAUCGUUUGUUCUUACGAGGCUGCACGACAUGGUUGGAAACUUCGUGGUCGCUAUCUCCAUCGGCUUUGAACGUUCCGAAAUCGCACUGGGAUAUCUGGGAGGCUUUGUGGCUCGUGCAUCUUCUGUCGGCAUUUCACUCUUCAUCCCGCUUUUAGUCAAUGCUAUGUUCAUGUCCUCGGGCCUAUGCACCGGCAACGAAUCUGAUGGAGAUCCUACAGGGCUUCCAGACAUCAAGAGAAAGUGUCCACAGGCAUACGUCGUUGCCGCCGAAUUGACCGGUGUAUCGGAAACCGUAGCCCUGAUAUUCGCUCCCAUUUUCGGAUACUGGACAGCCAAGGCUUCAAGAAAAGAAGACCCGCUGCUUUGGUCGUCAAUCGCUGGGUUUAUUGGGUAUCCGUUGUUUGCCAACCAGUUCGAACCCGAAGACGAAAAAAGAGACCGACGAGUAGCAGCAUUCCUAGCCGUUGCCUUGAUAGGCAUCAGCCAGAUCGGAGCCAUCGUUUGCAGCUUGGGUACACUGAGCACAGCCAUUUUGCAGAAAGCACCCAAGCGAGCAUACAUCUCCGAUACCAGCACCGCCAACAAUGAUGUCGGGACGGCAGAGAGCCAGCCGCUAUUAGUUCCCUCCCGGCAUCCGAACCACGACGUUUCAUUGUCGACUCUCAAGGGUUCAGUUGCUGGUGUGUAUUCGUUCUACGGAGGUGCUGCAAUCCUCAUAUUGACCAAAGUUGGCGGCCUUUUGUUUGACAAGGUGUCAGUCGCUGGUCCUUUUUAUAUCAUGGCGGCUUUCAACGCAAUCUUGAUGCUGGCUUGUACGGCUUUGUAUAUGGGGCGCACAUACCAACAGCGACAGGAAGCUACUGGUACCGUUGAACAUAGCUGA